AAAGUUGUAUAUUUAUACUUUCUCUUUAAAAAAGAGAAAAGAAUUAUCGUAUUAUAAAAAUAUUUCAAUUUCAAUGUAAUUUAACAUUGCUCUUGAUAAGUGAAUCCAAUCCGCGAUCAUUGAUAUUUAGUACACGUGAACAUUACUAUGGAUACAGGUGUCCACAACAAAGAAUCAACCAGCGAUACUGAAUCGUUCAACAAAUUUUUAAAACAGAUCUUUCGAUAUGAUCGACCGUUGUUUCAUUCAGAGAUUAAAAUUCUGUCAAUUCGUGGCUGUUCACUUCUCAACAAAGAAUACCUCGAAAAAGUUUAAUAUAGUAACAAUAUGACGUUCUGUUUCACCGCAUUACAACACGGUGCAUAGAACGUAUAUGAAGAGUGUUUGGACGAGUGCUUAUGUGUUUCAAUUAAAAGUAAUAUUUUGUAUCGAAUGUUUAAAGGAAAUUCAAUAAUGCAUGGGCUACGAGCCGAACACAAUGUUAGUGGUCUCGGUACGAGCCGAUGGCUGGAGGCAUUUUGGGAACCAGGAGCCAAAUUAUACACAUUGCCAAAUGGGGUUGAUAUGCUGGACGUUACCGGCAAUGGGGAUGCAAGGCUCGUUUGCGUCGAUUUGGGGACGCUUGCAGCUAAUUCUGCUAAAAUACGAGUUUACAAAGGUGGGGACCAAGUAACGGAGCACAACAUGGUGAACGCACCUUGCGGAUUAGUCGGUUUUUACACAGAAAACGGAGAGCCUCGAUCAUCGGUUUUGGGUGUAGGUGUUGGUUCCAGUGUGUUUAUCUUCAAAAAUAUGAGACCAUACUUCAAGUACACUUUACCUUUCAUCGACGUGCAUCCAAAAGAACGAGAAAUAUGGCACAAGGCAGGAUUGGAUGAGGAAUUAAACAUACUAACGUUAGCCAACGAGUUGGACUUGUUGUUGAAAGAGCUUGGAGCAGGAUUCAUCUCACCCCGAACCUUAAAGUUUUUAUCCAUGGAUCCAAAUUUAAGACCCAGCUUCGUGGAACAAUAUAAAAGAAUUCCUCUUAUAAAGAAUAACGCUUUGACCGCGAUUUCUGUGAUACGACGAGACUCGUGGACUAAUCCAGCCAGUGGGUGCCUUGUGCUGGGCACGGAAUUUGGAGAAGUUCUUGUCCUGGAUCCUCGAACGUUCUGCGUGAUGGACAAACAUUUAUUAAAAUGGCCACCAGUCGCCUUCGCUUGUACUGGUUUAUGGACCGGUGAUGGUAGGAUUUUAAUUGUUGGAAGAGAUGGUAAAAUAGGUGCGAUAAGAAGAGGUAGUCCUGUAAAUCUUUGGGAAAAAUUAUCAGCGCCUGCUGUGUCCAUUUCAACCCUCAGUAACGAUGGGGUUGUGGUUGCUGCUAUGGAUGGCACUCUGGUUGGCUUCUCCAGAAAGGGAAUUAAACUCUGGUGCGUCCGUGUUCCGGGUGCUAUUUUGGAUUCGGUGAGCUUACCAGUGCCCCAAAGCGGACUCUCUUUGCUCGCUGUUAGUACUGCUGGGUAUGGUAUUCGUGUGUACGAUGGGAAACACCAUGUGGAUACUCUAAAGAUUAUGGAACCGGUGUCUGCGAUGAGGUACGGUCGUAUGGGUCAGGAAGAACGUGCCAUGGCGAUGGUCACCGUAGGUGGUGGUCUCUGCGUAAAGAUUUUAAAACGAACCGCCGAUUUCAGUGUUCAUAAUAUAAUGUCUAGCUCAGUAUUAAACGAUGGGUCUAAAUUUUUAAUACCAAAAAAGACGAGGCUGUUCAUGGAGCAGACGGUUCGUGAAAGAUCAGAAGCGAAAAAAAUUCAUUCCACUUUUCAACAAGGUCUUCUCCGAUUGCGAUUAACAGUAGCGAACAAAGCGUUUGAGUCCUUAAACGAGGGUCAGGAUAUGGGUCCUCGUCCAAUCACUAUGGAGGCGACUGUUUUAGGAUUGGGUCCGGAUUAUCAAAUUCGCAUCUUGUUAACGAAUAUAUCCGACGAAUUGUCUGAUACGGAUUUGUAUAUCGUUUGCAGAAGUGAAAAUACCGACGUGAGGCCACGAGUAAUGGAUGUACCUCUGUUACCCAGUGGUACUCCUAUUCCUUUAGUCGUUCGUGCACUUUUGAAGGAUAUAAUAUCAGGGAGAGUUGAGAUUCUACUUUGUAAGAAAUCAAAGACGAAUCCUGUAGCAGUGACGACAGUGGUUUUGCCAGCUGCAGAAGAGGAUAUUGAAGUUUAGUAUGUUUGCUGUGAAUUCAGGAUUGUAAAGUGGUAUCUUUUAUGUGUAAUUUUUCAAAUAUUUUUUAAUAUAAUAUAAUUGAUUACUUGACCAAUAAUUAUUAUGUUUCUGAACAAUAUAAGAGGUAUAGGAAGGAUUGUUUAUAAGUUUCCUCUUUUUAUACAAAGCUUUCUUCUGAAAUGAUAACUACAUACUGUACAGUAAUCAUGACCAUUUAUUGAAUAUUAAAUGUUGAUAAAACGUGUUA